AUGGACUGCGCUUUCAGCACCACUCCCGCUGCCACCCUGGUGGACGGGGCACGGUGGACACACGGGCGCGCGGAGGAGAGAAGCAAUGGCAUGGUGCCGCUGCACGCUCACUCACUUGCUGGUGGCAGCGUAGGUGGUCACUCACUUGCUGGUGGCGGCGUAGGUGGUCACUCACUUGCUGGUGGCGGCGUAGGUGGUCACUCACUUGCUGGUGGCGGCGUAGGUGGUCACUCACUUGCUGGUGGCGGCGUAGGUGGUCACUCACUUGCUGGUGGCGGCGUAGGUGGUCACUCACUUGCUGGUGGCGGCGUAGGUGGUCACUCACUUGCUGGUGGCGGCGUAGGUGGUCACUCACUUGCUGGUGGCGGCGUAGGUGGUCACUCACUUGCUGGUGGCGGCGUAGGUGGUCACUCACUUGCUGGUGGCGGCGUAGGUGGUCACUCACUUGCUGGUGGCGGCGUAGGUGGUCACUCACUUGCUGGUGGCGGCGUAGGUGGUCACUCACUUGCUGGUGGCGGCGUAGGUGGUCACUCACUUGCUGGUGGCGGCGUAGGUGGUCACUCACUUGCUGGUGGCGGCGUAGGUGGUCACUCACUUGCUGGUGGCGGCGUAGGUGGUCACUCACUUGCUGGUGGCGGCGUAGGUGGUCACUCACUUGCUGGUGGCGGCGUAGGUGGUCACUCACUUGCUGGUGGCGGCGUAGGUGGUCACUCACUUGCUGGUGGCAGCGUAGGUGGUCACUCACUUGCUGGUGGCGGCGUAGGUGGUCACUCACUUGCUGGUGGCGGCGUAGGUGGUCACUCACUUGCUGGUGGCGGCGUAGGUGGUCACUCACUUGCUGGUGGCGGCGUAGGUGGUCACUCACUUGCUGGUGGCGGCGUAGGUGGUCACUCACUUGCUGGUGGCGGCGUAGGUGGUCACUCACUUGCUGGUGGCGGCGUAGGUGGUCACUCACUUGCUGGUGGCAGCGUAGGUGGUCACUCACUUGCUGGUGGCGGCGUAGGUGGUCACUCACUUGCUGGUGGCGGCGUAGGUGGUCACUCACUUGCUGGUGGCGGCGUAGGUGGUCACUCACUUGCUGGUGGCGGCGUAGGUGGUCACUCACUUGCUGGUGGCGGCGUAGGUGGUCACUCACUUGCUGGUGGCGGCGUAGGUGGUCACUCACUUGCUGGUGGCGGCGUAGGUGGUCACUCACUUGCUGGUGGCGGCGUAGGUGGUCACUCACUUGCUGGUGGCGGCGUAGGUGGUCACUCACUUGCUGGUGGCGGCGUAGGUGGUCACUCACUUGCUGGUGGCGGCGUAGGUGGUCACUCACUUGCUGGUGGCGGCGUAGGUGGUCACUCACUUGCUGGUGGCGGCGUAGGUGGUCACUCACUUGCUGGUGGGGGCGUAGGUGGUCACUCACUUGCUGGUGGCGGCGUAGGUGGUCACUCACUUGCUGGUGGCGGCGUAGGUGGUCACUCACUUGCUGGUGGCGGCGUAGGUGGUCACUCACUUGCUGGUGGCGGCGUAGGUGGUCACUCACUUGCUGGUGGCGGCGUAGGUGGUCACUCACUUGCUGGUGGCGGCGUAGGUGGUCACUCACUUGCUGGUGGGGGCGUAGGUGGUCACUCACUUGCUGGUGGCGGCGUAGGUGGUCACUCACUUGCUGGUGGCGGCGUAGGUGGUCACUCACUUGCUGGUGGCGGCGUAGGUGGUCACUCACUUGCUGGUGGCGGCGUAGGUGGUCACUCACUUGCUGGUGGCGGCGUAGGUGGUCACUCACUUGCUGGUGGCGGCGUAGGUGGUCACUCACUUGCUGGUGGCGGCGUAGGUGGUCACUCACUUGCUGGUGGCGGCGUAGGUGGUCACUCACUUGCUGGUGGGGGCGUAGGUGGUCACUCACUUGCUGGUGGCGGCGUAGGUGGUCACUCACUUGCUGGUGGCGGCGUAGGUGGUCACUCACUUGCUGGUGGCGGCGUAGGUGGUCACUCACUUGCUGGUGGCGGCGUAGGUGGUCACUCACUUGCUGGUGGCGGCGUAGGUGGUCACUCACUUGCUGGUGGCGGCGUAGGUGGUCACUCACUUGCUGGUGGCGGCGUAGGUGGUCACUCACUUGCUGGUGGGGGCGUAGGUGGUCACUCACUUGCUGGUGGCGGCGUAGGUGGUCACUCACUUGCUGGUGGCGGCGUAGGUGGUCACUCACUUGCUGGUGGCGGCGUAGGUGGUCACUCACUUGCUGGUGGCGGCGCCGACGAAGAGCCGCUGCAGUCGCUCUGGUUCCAGAACAGCACCUUCCCGCACAUCACGCGGCUCGCGCCGCUGCUGCCGUCCUUCACACUCCACAGGAUGCGCAGCGACCCCACAGCACCCGCGCGCGGCGUGGGCAGGUUCACGCAGGUGCGGUUGGGGAUGGCGCCGCGCAGCACGGCGGGCGGCGCGGGGGCGUACUUGGCGGUAGCGAAUAGCAGCACGCUCGUCACCACCACCUGCCCGUCCACGGCUGGCCGGGGGGAGAGGGGGGGUGGGGGGGGGGAGAGAGGGGGGGGAAAGAGCGGAAGGGCGGAGGGGGGGGAGGGGGGAGUGGAAGGGGAGUGGAGGGGGGUGAAGGGGAAGGGAAGGGGAGGGGAGGGCGGAUGCAGGCGACGAAGACAGAAUGGGGCAGGGUCAGGCGAGAGCGAGAGAAGCGCCGGAGCGCAAGAUCAUCUUGGAGCCAGUACCGAAGCGCCUACCCCUACGGGGGCCUGGCGCGAGGGGAAGUUGCUGCCGUCCACGGCGCACGCCGCGUCCUGCGGGCACGACACGUUCAUGCACGCCACGACGGCUGUGGCGACCCCGGGUGGGCGCGGACAGGCGGACGGAAGGGCGGAGCGGGGAGAGGAGGGGGAUGAGCGCGGAUGGGAUGAGAGCGGAAUGACUCAAGGGAUCUCGGAGCGGGAAAUUCGCAUUCCUUCGGAAACGGGAGAGGAGGGGGGGGGGGGGGGGGACCCCUCGGAGGGGAGGGGGGCGGUGAGGUGGGGGGAGGAGAGGGGGGAGAGGGGGGGGGGUGGGGAGGGGAGGAGGUGGGGGGGGCGGGGGAAGAAGGGGGGUGCAGCGAGUCACUAG